UGAGCUCCUCCAGCCGCUUGGGCCGGCUGAGUCCUUGCAGGGAGGACCCGGUCUCUUCGGCCCCACGCCGCCGCUCCGGGGCGGCUCGCUGAUGGCGGGGCCGGUGAGCUCAGAGCUGGGGGGCGGUCCGGCCGGACGGCGGUGACUCAGUGCAGAGGAGGAGACGGGAGGCAGAGGCGUCGCACGCACACGGGGCAGGAAGAAGGACGUGAGACAUAUGGAGCGUGACAGCUUAAUGGCCUUUGGCCAAAGCGUCCCCUGAGUGUGCCAGCGCGGGCGAGGCUCUGUGUGGACGCGGACGACAAUCCCCGUCACGUGGCGGCCGGGCGGGGACGGUGUGGCAGCCACAGUGCGCACACACGUGCGGGCCGUGCCCCCCCGUAGGACCUGCCCAGCCUCGGAGGGCACAUCCGGAUGGGGGUGAACCUGGCCCCUCCCUGCCUGUUCACUACGAUGCCCACCUCCCCUGCGGGCCCCUCCCUGGCCCCCACCAGCAGGAGCCGGGAAGAGGGGACAGCGAGGGCCCGCGGCCCCAAACCACACACCGGCCAUCUGGAGGCUGCAACCUGGGCCACCCACACACUACAGUCCCUCCAGAUCUGCUGUCCCUUUUUGGGGAGAAUAGUGAGGUCAGGGGGGACCUGGGCAUCCCCCCCCCCCCCGAGUCUAGAAUAAGGCCACGUCCCCCGGGCAGCGUUCCCUUGGGGCCAGGGCUGUCCUUCUCCACAGCUGCAGCCCGUCAGCCCCCAUCAGCACCAGCCGGCAUCUGUCCCCCAGUUGUCGUCACCCUUACUCCUGCCUCCCAACUGAAGGCCUGAGCAUCCGGCUCCCGCUGGCCUGUCCGCUAGCGAUCUCAGGGGCGCCCCUCAACCCGUGUCCCAGCCCACUCUGCCAGCUCCCGCACCCCCCGUCGGGGAUCCCCCGCCUGGGUCUCCUGCGGGCGAGAGCACCCCCAGGCAGCCCUGCCCCCCUUCCCUCCCCCCUUGUCACGGACACACAGCACCCCAGCCCGCCUCUGGGUGGAACCCUCUGAUCUGCUCUGAUGAGAUCACUGGCUGCCCCGGGGCCCCGCCAGUGCGUCUGGGCCCCCUCCCCACGCCACCCCCGAGCUCCCCUCUGCAGCCCCCGAGAAUCCCGUGCCUCAGCGCCCCUGUCUCCUCUCUGGGGACCCUGGGCCGGGCCGGCUGCACAGUGUGGGUCUGCUCACGGGUAGUUACGUUCUCACCUUCGCGGUGACCGGUGACCAGGGAACUCCCCCGCCCCCCACAGAGCCCUCGGCACACCUGCUGGGGUCACACAGCCCGAGGGGGCCCCUGUCCUGAUCCAGUGUGACAAACCACAUUCCCUUCAGCGACCCAUGUGUGCCGACUUGAGACCUUGAACGGUAGAGGGGCAAGUGCGUCCUAAAGGUCAGCUUUCCAGAGAGUGCUUCCAAAUAAAAGAAGCCUAUAAAACAGGCUCUUUGGGAUUUUGGCAGGAAGCUCUCGUCCCAGGGGUGAGCUGUCUUAGGGGAGAGGGGAGAAGGCAGUGUCUUGAGAAUUCUCAGGUUCAGGAUCUCAACGAAGAGGUCAGCCGCGGACUGAGGACUCACAGCGUGGUGGGGGGAGGUCACAUCCGGGCAGCGGAGAGGCUGGGGGGCCCAGCUCCUCUGGGCCGUGAGCUCUGGAGGCCAGGUGGGCGGGCGGGGCCCACGUUCAACCACAGACACGGAGGGACUGGGCGCUCGGGCCGCAUAAAUGUCACUCCAUUCACUUUUUAUUCACAAAUACAAAGUAAGGUCCUAUUAUGUGCCAGAUAAUGUCCCCAGCAGGAAACAGCAGGCACAGACCUGAUGGGAACAGGAAGAGUUUUGGGGUACAGGGGCAGUGGAUAAUGGAGGCCCUCACCCAUGCGGGGUGAGGGGAGCUUUCCCCAAGGCCAGACCUACGUGUGCAAAGGCCCUGUGGCAGGAGACGCACCAUGUACCCAGAGCACGUGUGGGCGAGGUUGGAGGGAGGUGAGCCCCCAAGGCCAAUAUUUGCUUCAACCAAAGGAUGUCAGCUAGGCUGCUGCAGGAGAUGCUUGUCUAGCAAAUGCCACUGUAAGACCCCCAGGGCCUCCCCCGACAGCCCACCGGGAUCAGCCCCCAGAUGUCCCAGGGCCUGCCCCCAGACCUCAAACGUUGUUCCCAUGACUACCACAUCACAAGCACCGAGACUCAGGUUGUAAGAUGACCUCGUGUGUUGCUCUCAGAGUCUGUGGGCCAGGGCUCGGACAAGCCACACAGGGACCUCCUUCCUGGGUGGGGGUGGGCGCUGAGCCACUAAAAGGGCCCAAGUUCCGCCACGGUCCCACCAACUGGCUGGGCUCUCUGUUCCUUUCAUUUCCAAGGUCUGUGCUCAGCAGGAGCGUGAUUCUUCAACCAUGUGCCCUGGGGGUCAGGGGGACACCCAAGGGGACACCUGUAGGAACAUGUGCCCCCCCCCCCCCGAGGUUGGCCCAGGACCAGAUUGGGACCGGGGACCCCCGGCUCAGACCCUGGACGCGGGAAGUGUGCGCACAGCAGGCUGAGCCAACACAGGUCAGACUCUCCUGCAGCCCCCCGCCAGGUGUCCCAGGUAAGCGCCCCUGCCCCACCAGCCCGGGCAGACCUGUAGGUCACAGCAGGUCACACACUGCCCAUCCUGGCCCAGCAGUGAGGGAGGCGGAAGGAGGGCAGGGUCUCAGCCCAGGGUGGAGUCGGAGGGCAGGGCAGCGGAGAGCGCGGGGUGGGGGGAGGCGGGGCGGGUUGGGGGGGGCUAGGGGGAAAGCCCUGCUGGCCUUGAUCCUGGAGGCACAGGCCCUGAAGCGGUUUAGGACUCGGGACUGCAGGGUGGUGGGGCCUCCAGGGCGCUCCUGCCCCACCAGCCGCGCCCCUUGGUUUCCUUUCAGUGCCGGGCAAUGCUCCGAGACCCUCACUCCUCCCCCCGCAGCAGGCUCCAUGCUCAGCGCCCCCUCCUGUCCUGGACGGUCCCCAGGGCCAGUCUCCUGCACCGGCAGUGCUCCGUGUCCAGAGCAACCCCAGUGUAGCCAGCUCCAGGCACCGACUCACAACCCUGUCUGCAGAGGCUCCCGUCACGCCCCCACCUGGGACCCUGUUGGGGUCCGAUGUCCCUCCCCAGCCACCCCUGCACUUCAGCAUCUCUCGGAGAUGGCCUGUCGUCCACUCCUGGGGUUGGCACUUGCCCAGGCUCUGGGCCAGGUUGCCCCGCAGGCCGGUCCUCGUCCUCGCGGGGCAGGGACAUACAGACCCAGCUCCAUAUCCGGCGGGCCGCAGGGGUGAGUGGUCAGGGAGCCCAGCGGGCGGCUGGGGGAGCCCACAGUGGCCCUUCCGAAUGACAUUUCUCGUACUUACCAUCCGCACUUCUCUGAGGUCACGCUGUGGCCUCCUAAUAGGCCGGUGUCCCAGGGAAAUUCACACUUUUCCACUUUGGGGAAGUGCAGCGAAAGCGCCCUCUUCCAGAAGGUUCUUCCCCACACCUGUGGUAGCAGCCUUCUAAGACACUCGUGGAGGCUCGAGCCUCGCUGCCUUGAUUUCGUGAGUGAGGAACAGAGCACUUUCGGGUGACACCCUUUUCUAAACGUGACCACUCAUUGUUUGGCCUUAAUGCAAGUGCGAGACACCGUCUGCCAUCCCGCCACUGGGGCAGACUCUCUGAGCCCUGCUCCGGCCAAGUCCCAGGUCAUUUCCCGCUGAAGACCCGGAGGGCCGCCGUGUGUCCAUUGGGCCGCACGUUUAGGUAAUUUCACAAAUUCAUUUCCUCCUUAAAUACCAUUCAAGGGACCUAGCAACAGUCACCUCCCUGAAGGGUUCCUGAUGGGUUACACGGGCCUCGUCCAUCCUGCCCGUGCCCCGUGUCACUCGGCCCCAAAUGCAGGGCCAGCCACGGCCGCGUUUGAACGUCCACUCGCUCCACGUCACUCGCCUGGAGAAUUAUCGUGGGGGCGCGAACGCUGCGUCUCACGCUGUGUAACGAUCUGGGUCGGGGCUGAGGGCACAUGUCCUACCCCUGCCUCCUCGUGGCCUCCUCAGCAGAGUUCUGGGCUGCAGGCCCAGUGGGGCCAGGGCCGCUGGGAAUCCCUUCCCCGCUGCAGAAGACCUUAGUGGAGGGGCCCCCCUCUUACGGUGGUGGACUGGUUUUGCCUUGGGGAUCCACCGCUGCUCCUCCAGCCCACGUAUUACAGGCUCGGCUGCCUGGCUGCCAUCCAGGGUGGGCACGUGACCCUGGGGGGGGGGUUGAUUCGGGGACUGCAUCCAUGUCAGUGAAAUGGGUUCUUGAGGACAGAGCCGAUGUGGGUGGGACAGAGAGAGGAGAAAUCUCAUCUUGGCAAUACAUUUUAAAUCCUUUUUAAAUAAAAUGUUUAUUUUUGAGAGAGAGACAGAGCAUGA